AUGGUAGAUAAACACCGCAAGAUUUGGCAGCCCCUUCACCCCGCUAUACGAGACCGACUGGAUCCUGAAUACGUCGCUUAUCACGAGGCUCACUUGCAAUAUAUCGAGCCAGAUGAAAUCAAAGAUUGGGAUGGAUCAACAAGAACAAAGAAAGUGUCUUUGCCACCAGGAGGGACAAAGCCUAUCCCUGUGGGGAGUAUCAACGACUAUGAUGUUGGCAGGUUCAGGGUGAGGGUUUACACUCCUACAGGGCAGUGUGAUGAGCGAGGCUGGCCUGUCCUCAUUUGGUUUCACGGUGGUGGAUGGGCAGUAGGGGGCUUGAACAAUGGAACGGAUUUCUGCUGCUGGGCUUGUGAGAGAGCGCAAUGCGUAGUCGUUAGUGUUGACUACGGUUUAGCCCCCGAGAACCCCUUUCCAGCUGCAAUCGAAGACUCCAUCGACGCUGUUAGAUGGGUUGCAUCUUCCCCAACCGAGCUACAGAACAUAGAUACGUCUCGCAUUUCUAUCGGUGGAACAUCUUCUGGGGCCAAUAUAGCCAUCGUCGCUGCGCUCUCUGCAUCAAAUCCAGACGUCGAAUUACCAACAGCGCAGCCUUCACUACCAAAUACAGUAGCUCAUCCACCAGCGUCAUUACUGCUGUUCAUUCCGGUAGUUGACAGUACCGCUACUGUCGAAGGGGUUUGGAAGCCCAAUGCAGAGACCGCUCCUUGGCUUACAUCCGCGCGAAUGGAAUGGUAUCGAGAUCUUUACUUUACCCAAGACGACCAUCGCUCGAGAUGGGAUGCAAGCCCUAAUUUGGCUCCAGGGACUCUUCUGAGUAAACUUCCAAAGACGUGGAUGGCUGUUGCAGAGAUGGACCUUCUUGCCCCUGAGGCAAUGGCAUUCAGCCAGCAGCUGAAGGGCUUAGGAGUCGAUGUCGAAACCUCGAUGGUGCAUGGCGGAACGCACUCUAUCCUCUCUCUUCAUGGGGUAAUUGGACGAGGGUAUAAAAUGAUAGAAGACGCAGUAGAGCACCUACAAAAGACAUUCGGCACUGGUUAA